CAAACUUCCUGACAAUGAAAACUGGAAAAAGGGACUUUUUAACAAUCAAAUCUUGUCCACGGAUAAUCGAUCUCCUUUGGAUUCUCUUUCGUUUCUAUGUUUAUCUGAAUCUAGCUUGCUUUCUUUUCUAAUCUGUCCAGGGGUGUUGCAUGUGCUUAGUAGUUUUUGUUUAUACAAGGUAAAGGUCAUGGAUGGGAAUGGAAGAGUUCACCCAGAUUGUCCUAAUGCUGCAAAUCCAUACCAUGAAUGUGGUGUCCUCUGCUUAGAGAAGAUUGCCGAAGGCAAGGGAACAAAGGCACAGGAAAAGAAGACAUUAAGUUCAAAAUUUCUUGAUGCCUCCAGAAGCUUUGGUAGGAAAAAGAAAUUUGAACCUAUACCACAGACCCCUCGAGCACUUGCAGCCGGUGCAGUUUACCCCGGCGACUCUAGGUCGCCUCGGUCUUAUUUUUCUAGUAAGAAGACGGUUGCAGAGAACGGUGAGUCGUUUUCAUCUUCUGAGCAACACUCCGGAGAGAUUUAUCCCCAAGAUCAAUCAUUUGAGAAGGCACCAAUUCAAUACUCUCAACCAUUGCAGAUGUCCGGAAAACUCAUGUCUCCUGUUGAUGCAUCGGCCAAACUUAAACAAGAAGAGAAGGUACAAGAUUCCCUGAAGAUGAGUUCGAAUGCACAUACUAAGGAUGCAAGAGAAGGCCGUAACUCCGCCUUUAGUUUCUUAGGAAUUGGCCAAGCUCAAGAUGACAGUGACGACGAGGAAGAGGCCGAAUCGGUUAUCUCCGAUUCGUGUGUAUCAGUCGGAAAAUACUAUGUGAAAGCAAGCAUCUCCACAGUUCUGCAGUCGAUUUUCGACAAGCACGGAGACAUAGCAGCUAAUUGUCAUUUGGAAUCAGCUUCGAUGCGUGCUUACUAUCUAGAAUGCUUGUGUGCUGUAGUCCAAGAGCUACAUUCCACUCCGUUCAAGCAUCUAACUAAAGCAAAAUUAAAAGAGAUGUUUGCUGUUCUCAAGGAUGUAGAUUCCGCUGGUAUUGAUGUCGAUUGGCUCCGUGCUCUACUCGAUGAAAUCUCGGAAGCCGUCGAGCUUGUUAGCCAACGCCAAACUUUUGAAGCCAAAAAGGCCAAGCACGACCAAGCGUUAGAGUCAGUAAGGAAAGAACUAGAAUUGAAAACGGAAGAUCUAGCUCAGAAAGAAAAAGAGGCCGCCGUUGCACGAGAGCAAGUUGCUGAAACCCGGGCUCGUUUAGACGAAAUUGAGCGUCAAAGUUCGGAAUUAGACAAAACCCUUUCGAACAUAGCGUCGAUCGUGGAUAAAUUCCAGGGCAAAUCUCUGGGAGACGAGUUCUUGUGAUGGUGUUUGAUGA